AUGUUGGUGCGUGCUCACUGCACGGAUCGCCACCACCACCACCACACGGUCUGCCCGCGGACUGCAGUCCAGCCCACGCUCCUCCGCACCGUGCUCGGAAACUUUUUUCCUGCCUCUGCGGGUUUCCCCUUGAAGGGAUUUCCCGCCUCCUCUGCUGGGAGACCCUUUAUAAGGAGCAGACUUUCCAGGUCACUCCUCACUGAGCCUGGUGCUUCAGGAGCUGAAGGCUCUUCCCAAGCACUUUCUGCCGGCACAGAAGGGGCACAGAAGGGGCACAGAAGGGAGCGUUUGGGGACCACUACUUUCUCAGCAGGGCGGCAACUGAACGUGCCGGGGAAGAUGGCCGUGAUUUUUGGGGUCUCCAACAUACUUUGGAUGGUGCUGGUGGCUUCUCACGCGUUUACGAUCGAGAUCGUCCCCGAAUCCCAGAUCGUGGCGCAGAUCAACGCCUCCGCCUCGCUGACUUGCAGGACGACGGGCUGCGCGGACCCCUCCUUCUCCUGGAGGACCCAGAUAGACAGCCCGCUGAACGCGAGGGUGCGGAAGGAGGGGAACACGUCCGUGCUGACCAUGGACCCCGUGAGCUUCGGGAACGAGCACUCCUACCUGUGCACCGCCACCUGCGGGGCCAGGAAAGAAGAGAAGGCGGUCGAGGUGCUCAUCUACUCUUUCCCCAAGGACCCCGAGAUUCAGCUGAGCGGCCCCCUGGAGGUUGGAAAGCCCGUCACGGCCACGUGUUUGGUGCGUGAUGUUUACCCAUUUGAAAGGCUGGAGAUGGAUUUGCUGAAGGGCGACCGGCUCUUGAAGAAUCAGGAGUUUCUGGAGCCCGCGGAGACGAAGUCCCUGGAAACCAAGGGUUUGGAAGUGACCUUCACGCCCACCAACGAAGAUAUUGGGGAAACCCUUGUCUGCCGGGCUCAGCUGCACAUCAGCGAAAUUGACGAGGCGCUGCGAAAGAGGGAGAAGAGGAGAACCCUGCAGGUCCACAUCUCGCCCAGGAACACCGUGGUCUCUGUGAGCCCCUCCACGAGGCUGCAGGAAGGGGGCUCCGUGACCAUGACCUGCACCAGCGACGGCCUGCCGGCGCCGCAGAUCACCUGGAGCAGGACGCUGGGCGGCGGGCGACCGCAGCUCCUGUCCGGGAACGGGACGCUCACGCUCGUGGCCAUGCGGCCGGAGGAUUCCGGCGUCUACGUGUGCGAGGGCGUCAAUCCGGCCGGGAGAGACCGAAAGGAGGUGGAGCUGCUUGUGCAGGAAAAACCGUUCACCGUUGAGGUCUCGCCUGGGCCCCAGGUUGCCGCUCGGAUCGGUGCCUCGGUCGAGUUGACGUGCAGCACCUCGGGCUGCGCGGCCCCCUCCUUCUCCUGGAGGACCCAGAUAGACAGCCCCCUGCAUGGGCAGGUGAGGCCCGCGGGCACCUCGUCCAAGCUGACCCUGAGCCCUGUGAGUUUCGAGCACGAACGUUCUUACCUGUGCACCGUGACCUGUGGACGCAGGAAACAGGAAAAGACGAUUAAGGUGGACCUCUACUCGUUCCCCGGAGACCCAGAAAUCGAGAUGAGCGGCGGGCUAGUGCACGGAGAGCCAGCCACGGUGAGGUGCAGGGUGCCCGACGUGUACCCUCUGGACCGGCUGCACAUGCAGCUGCUGAAGGGAGAGAGGCUCGUGGAGAGUAAAAGCUUUCUGGAGGCCCUGGAGAAGGACUCCCUGGAGACCGGGAGUGUGGAAAUGACCUUCACCCCCACCGAGGACGAUACUGGCGAAGUGCUUGUUUGUCGGGCUGAGCUACAAAUCGAUGAGAUGGAGUUUGAACCCAAAGAAAGGCAGAGCGCACAGACGCUUCGUGUUCAGAUUGCCCCCAGGAAUAUAGCCGUCUUGGUCAGCCCCUCCUCCACCCUGGAGGAGGGUCAGUCUGUGAACAUGACCUGCUCCGGCGACGGCCUCCCGGCUCCGAAAAUCCAGUGGAGCAGGCAGCUGCGUGACGGGAGCCUGCAGUUCCUCUCCGAGAACACAACUCUGACCUUGACCUCCGCGGGAAGGGGAGAUUCUGGCAUUUAUGUGUGCGAAGGGAGCAACCAGGCUGGGACCAGCAGAAAGGAAGUCGAGUUAAUUGUCCAAGUCACUCCACAAGACAUGCAACUUAGAGCUUCUCCUUCUGAGAGGGUCCAGGAAGGAGACACUGUCACUAUCUACUGUACAUGUGGAAAUUACCCUAAAACAUGGAUAAUCCUGAAGAAAAAAGCGGAGACAGGAGACACCGUGCUAAAGGCUGUGGGAGGCGCCUAUGUCAUCCACAAGGCGCAGCUAGAGGACGCGGGAGUCUACGAAUGCGAGUCUAAAAGCGAGCGUGGCUGGCAGUUCAGAAGUUUAACACUUGAUGUUAAAGGAAGAGAGAGGGACUACUCCUCCCCCGGGUUUCUCAUGCUCUACUGCGCCUCCUCCCUGCUCAUCCCCACCAUUGGCACCAUCGUGUACUUCGCCCGGAGAGCCACCAUGAGGGGCUCCUACAGCCUCGUGGACGCACAGAAAUCCAAAGUGUAGCGCGUGCUUGAGCCGUGCCCCCCGAGACACUAUUUAUCAGUCCGAAUCCUUCCUCCCACUCCGCGAGAAAAGCCUGAGCGCAGCGCCCAGGCUCCCCGGGGCGUGGUGGCGGCAGCUCUUGCAGAGAUGCGGCUGCGGAGGCUGCUGGCUGGGAGCCAGGCGCCGAAGGGAGGCUUUCUGCCGGAAAAGCAGGCACCGCCACCGAGAUGCAGCCAUGGCAGUGGGUGCCCGAUGUGUAUAUACAGCCACGCGAUCUGUACAUUUGUAAAAUAAAACUGCACCACGGCGAGACUGAUUGGAAUGGCGGCGCCCGCCAGCAGAGCUCUGAACCGUUAAACAGUGUUGCCUGGACGGACGGUUCUAACAUGACGCAUCUCAGAAAACUUCAGCGUUAACGGUGACUGGUGGGUUACCUCUGUCUCAUCUUUCCGCAUUUCGUUUCCUGCAACAAACUUGAUUCCUAUAAAGUUCACGGACAACAGCUUCGUAUUCAUAAACACGCCAGGGUUUUCUAUUUUCUUACAGGCGAAUGGUGAACCGAGAGGGCGCGGGGGUGACUUUCAGGUACGAGACCCUUGGACCUACGGCCUAAGGGUCGGCUGGGCUUCUCUGGACGGUACGGACGUGGUACGGAGGCGUGUGGUGGUGGUGUUCCUGCGCCGCGCUCUCGUGGGACUUUGCCUGUGCGGCCCAGGAGCUCGGCUCCUUUGGGUCCUCCUCUGUAAAUGGCUAGUCUGUGUCUGUAUAGUAAAGCGGUCGUUGCUGUGCUUGUGA